AAAUGGCGCUCUCGCAAACUUCACUUUUGUACGAGCCUCCGCCGUUGUGUCUUGUCUCGCUUGCGCGUUUCGCCUUCCAUUCGUUUACAUUUUUCGAUUUCAGUUGAGCUUGUUCCGCCUAAUGUGACUUUUUUAUAAAUGAAACUGUGAUUUUGAGAUUCCCUGUGAUAUAAAAUGACCUGAUGGAGUACGUGUUUGGUGGUUGUUUAAGUGAUCAGUGUAAAAUGGGUUUAAUAACUUCGAGGGAGCCGACAAUGCUGGACGGUCCAGUUGCGUCUACGAAGAGUAACCAUGUACGGCAGCCAUCAACUAGGAACCGUACAAAACCUCCCAUGCCCGACCGGGAUGAGCUGGAGAACCGCUUCAUUAAAGUGCUGGCGUCUAUGGAUCUACCUCCGGAUAAAGCAAAGCUCCUACGCAAUUAUGACCUGGAGAAGAAAUGGGAAAUCAUCUGCGACCAAGACAUGGUGCAAGCCAAGGAUUCACCAGCGCACUACCUUAAUAAACUUCGCACCUACCUCGACCCCAAAGCAUCACGGAGUCACAGAAAAAGAAAAAUGGUCGGAGAUUCAACAUCCACUCAGGUGCUCAGGGACUUGGAGAUAUCACUACGGACCAAUCACAUAGAAUGGGUGCGUGAAUUCCUGAACGAGCAAAACCAGGGUCUGGACGUGCUGAUCGACUACCUCAGCUUCAGGCUGAGCAUGAUGCGGCACGAACAGCGCGUCGCGCUCGCCCGCAGUCAGUCUACUGACGGUAUCAAUCAAGUGAAUACAACGACAUCGGAGUGCAGCGGUCCGACAGAGGUGGGCGGGGCUCUGGGCGGUGGACUGGGCGGUACUUGGGUGCGGCGCGCGCGCUCGGCUGACGGGGAGUCGGAGCGCGCCAGCCCGGCCGCCGCGCGCCGCCGCACGCGACACGCAGCGCGACUCAACAUGGGCGCCUCCACCGACGACAUACACGUCUGCAUUAUGUGCAUGCGCGCCAUCAUGAACAACAAGUAUGGGUUCAACAUGGUGAUCCAGCACCGAGAGGCAAUCAACAGUAUAGCGCUCUCGAUGGUACACCAGUCGUUGCGCACGAAAGCGCUGGUGCUGGAACUCCUCGCCGCCAUCUGUCUGGUGAAAGGCGGUCACCAGAUCAUCCUGGGCGCUUUCGAUAAUUUCAAGGAGGUUGUCGGGGAGCCGCGCCGCUUCCAUACCCUCAUGGAGUACUUCAUGAAUUAUGAUUCGUUUCAUAUCGAGUUUAUGGUGGCGUGCAUGCAGUUCGUGAACAUAAUCGUGCACUCAGUGGAAGACAUGAACUUCCGCGUGCAUCUGCAGUACGAGUUCACAGCACUCAAGCUGGACGACUACCUCGAGCGCCUGCGCUUCUGUGAGAGUGAAGACUUGCAGGUACAAAUAUCAGCGUACUUAGACAACGUUUUCGACGUGGCGGCGCUGAUGGAGGACAGCGAGACGAAGACAGCGGCGCUGGAGAAGGUCAACGAACUUGAAGACGAGCUGGGACAUGCACACGAGAGGCUAGCAACACUGGAAAGAGAUGCAAUAGCAAAGUUGGCGACACUGGAGGCAGAAUUAGCACAAGUACGACAAGAAAGAGAUCAGUUGGCGGAGGCUCGGCGGCAAGUCGUCGAAGAGGUAUCGACGCUGCGGCGAGCACAGCAGGACUCUCGCAACAGGCAAUCCAUGCUGGAGUCGAAGGUCCAGGAGCUGGAGACUCUCACAAAGUCCUUGCCGCGCGGCGCCUCCAUGGGCGCGAUAUCGCACGCGCUCUGCAACGGCACCACGAACGCGCCCGGCCUCAUGCCCGCGCCGCAUCACACAGACGCAAUGACAAUUAAACGAAAAGUCGAAACUAAAUACAAACUACCUACGCUCAAUUGGAUCGCGCUGAAGCCCAAUCAGGUGCGCGGCACGAUCUUCAACGAGCUGGAUGAGGAGCGUCCUCGGCGACGUAUCAACUUCGCGGAGUUCGAGCAGCGGUUCCGGCUGGGCGGGGCGUGCGCGGGCGGCGCGGGGGGCGCGCGCGCGCUGCCCGACAGCGACGCGCUCGCCUCAUUCCCCAGCAAGCGGUUCCGCAAGCCCGACACAGUGUCCCUGCUGGAGCACACGCGCCUCAGGAACAUCGCGAUAUCGAGAAGAAAACUUGACACACCAGUAGAGAAAGUAAUAGCGGCGAUCAACAACCUAGAUCUCAAACAGCUGCCGCUAGAAAGCGUCGAAAUCCUCCAGAGGAUGGUGCCCACGGAAGCAGAACAGAAAGCAUACAAAGAAUACGUAGCAGAGAAGAAGAAUAUAAACCUGCUGACAGAAGAAGACAAAUUCCUCAUGCAAUUAACAAAAGUCGAAAGGAUAUCAGCGAAACUCUCCAUUAUGAACUACAUGGGAAACUUCUUCGAUAAUAUUCAUCUAAUAACGCCUCAAAUCCACGCGAUUAUCUCAGGUUCCUCAUCAGUCAAAUCAUCACAGAAGUUGAGGAAUGUUCUAGAAAUAAUUCUAGCGUUCGGUAAUUACUUGAACAGUAGUAAGCGAGGUCCAGCUUACGGCUUCAAGUUGCAGUCGUUAGAUACACUCGUGGACACAAAGUCGACGGACAAACGAGUCUCUUUGUUACACUACAUCGUGGCCACAAUACGACAGAACUUCCCCGAACUGCUCAACUUCGAUACUGAACUGCUGUACAUCGAUAAAGCGGCACAAGUGUCGCUGGAGAACGUGGGCGCGGACGUGUGCGAGCUGGAGCGCGGCAUGGAGCUGGCGCGGCGCGAGGCGGAGUCGCGCGCGCACUCGCACGUGCUGCGCGACUUCAUCGCCAACGCCAGCGACAAGCUGCGCCGGCUGCGCGCGGAGACCAAGCACGCACAGGAUUCAUUCGCGAUGUGUGUGGAGUACUUCGGCGAGGCGCCGCGCAGCUGCGACGCCAACGCGUUCUUCUCGCUGCUCGUCCGCUUCACCAGGGCGUUUAAGCAAGCGGACGCCGAAAACGAGCAACGACGCCGGCUGGAGCUGGCGGCGCAGCAGGCGGACAGCGCUGACAGUAACAAGGUCAAGGUCGUACAGAAGAAACAGCAGGAGGCUGUAAUCAACGAGCUAAAAACGAAAUCGCAGAGCGUUGGCGAAAAGAAACUUUUACACCAAGAUGAAGUAUACAACGGCGCGUUGGAAGAUAUAUUACACGGGUUACGUAGCGAGCCUUAUAGACGAGCUGAUGCUGUCCGACGCUCCCAUAGACGGCGCAUCAACUCCCACAGACUGUCCAAAGGUCUCGAAGAACUGGACGUAUGAUACGCACCGCCCGCGCACGAAAACUCAGUGCGUAGGGCUAUUUUAGCCAUCAAUGCUAACGCAGCAUUCCCAACGGAUAAAAAACGUCGCAAAGACCUAGAAAUGGUGCACAAAAAACACACGAUUUCAAUUUAUAAUAUCGAUGACGUCACAGAUCUCCCCAAGGUCAAACCGUCUUCGUACAAGGUCGCGCCGGUAGAUCGAGAAGUGGAGGAGAGAUGUGAACUGUUGAAGUCCACGUAUGACGUCAUCUCGAAAUAUACAAGAGCUAUGUUUGAUAAGCAGAGUGAGACAGUAGUUUGAGAAAUUGCUAUCUGCGGGUACUAUCGGCCAACAAUAUUCGAUCCUGGAAAUCGAUCCGAAAAUUUUAAAUUUGUAUGAAAUAAAACGCUUAUUGACAAUAUUCUGAACAAUAGAUUUUUGAUUGGUGUUGCUAUCUUUAGAUUGGUUAAAUUUAAAUUAAAUAGACUGAAAUGGUAAUACAAUGGAUAAAAAGAGGGUAAAGUUCGAAUAUAGAAUUCGAUCGUUAGUUUUUUUUGUGUAUUUUAUGUUUCAUACACAAAGUAUUUUUAAGUUUAUAGUUUUCUGUAUAUAUUAUUGAGGUAAUAUAAUUUCAUAGUCGAUGGUUUUUAGUUGUCUAUAUUUGUUUUUGUAGAUUUUAUGUAUAUGGCAACACAAUUUGUAACAUUUUCGUAAUCGAGUUUGAGGUUAUGUAGUACCCGUGGAACUAAAUAUGCCUAAAUAAAGUUCGAUGCAACGAGACACGAUAUUUUUCUAUCGAAAAUAUACUUUUUUUGUUACAACUAUACAAAGAUUUUGUAGCUUUUAGCACUUUACAGUACACCCGGUUUUGAUACGCUCGCUUUAGCACGAGAAUUUUAUUUACUGGCAAUAAAGUUUGAUAUAGUCCCCGCUAGAUGGCAUUGAUCGCCUUACAACGCACAUUUGUAUACAUUUCUAAUUAAAUUUUGUAGUACAGUAGAACCUCGAUAACUUCAAAAAAUAACAUAUUCUCUUUUUAUCAGAGCC